CGCUCAGAGUCCCAGGUGUACGUCACUUCCUUCCGGAAGCAUCUAUUUGCCAAUGGGCCCAGUUCGGACGCCUCCGCCUGCCGUUCUGGGGGCUGUGGAGGCCGCAGCCAUGGGGUUGGGAGAGGGUUCCCUGGCCCCCAGAGUCAGUUGUCUUCUGCCUACCGGGCCUGGGGCCCGGUUCCUUCAGCUGCCUCGGGGUGUCGUCGACUCUCGCGCCGGGCAGGCCGCAGCCUCCAAGCGAGAUCUGGAAGGUGAGCGAAGCGAGAAGGGAGGCGGAGCCGUGUCCUGGAGUAAGCGUUGCUGGUGUGGUUGGUCAGAAGCUCUCACGGCCGCCGUGACGGCGCUCCGAGCCGGCGGACUGGUCGCUGUCCCCACGGACACGCUGUACGGCGUGGCCUGCUCGGCGUGCUGCUCCGCGGCCCUCGGGGCGGUGUACAGCCUCAAGGGCCGCAGCCAGACCAAGCCGCUGGCCGUGUGCCUGGGCGGUGUGGCGGACAUCUACAAGUAUUGCCAGGUGAGGGUCCCUCGAGAACUCCUGGAAGAUUUGCUCCCUGGUCCUGUGACCCUGGUCAUGGAACGCUCACGAGAGCUCAACAAGGAUCUGAAUCCUUUCACCCCUCUUGUAGGAAUUCGGAUACCGGAUCAUGCCUUCAUGAGAGACUUGGCUCAGGCAUUCUCAGGACCCCUCGCCCUCACCAGUGCAAACAUUAGCUCCCAGCCAAGUUCAUUGAAUGUUAAGGAGUUCCAGGAUCUCUGGCCUCAGUUGUCCUUAGUCAUUGAUGGGGGACCAAUUGGAGAUGUAAAAAGUCCUGAAUGUCGACUUGGCUCCACUGUCGUGGACUUGUCAGUUCCCGGAAAAUACAGAAUUAUUCGGCCAGGCUGUGCACUGACACAGACUGCAGCCAUCCUCCAGAAGAAGUACCGAUUGGUUCCCUCAGAAGAACCUUGCUCAUGAAAAGGGAAGAGGAAAUUACAAAGAGUGAAGCUAGGCACUGUGUGUCUGUCAUUUAGUGUGACCUUGUUUAAUGAGGUCAUUGAAGCCACUUCUAUAGGCCUAACUUUCAAGUCUUGGAGGUCCCAGGCAGGUGUACCUUGGACUAUGCUUGUCUGCACUUAAAGAUGUGUCAAGACAUGUUCACAUUCAGUGUUUUUGUUUUGUAAGUUCCUGAAAAUGGCCUUGUUCCAACAUUGGAAUGAAUGGCUUAAUUUUUGGGAAAGUGGUCUAAGUGUGAGAGCUUUCCCAUCUGGGUCUCUGACUCGUGGCACGGGCAAAGGGCUUAUAACUGUUAAUACUAGUACCAAGUGACCAAAGUCUUGGGGUUUUUUGCUACUGAGGUUGGAACUAGAAAAAAUAAAAUCUCAAAGGGU